GAGAGCGUUGGGGUUUGGCCUCCAUUCCGGACUGUGGCUCCCCUGCCUCCCAGCCCUGACAGACCAGUGCCGCAGGUGACGUCCGCGAGGUGUUCCCACUGUCCCCUGGGGGGACCCCUGCCCCCGAGAAGCAGGACCCAGCCUCCCUGUGCUGGGCCAAGUGGCGCUGUCCCCAGUCUGGUUCCUCUACGGCCUGCUCAUGAAGCUCUUCCAGCGCUCCAAACCGGCCAUCACCCUCGAGAGCCCGGACGUCAAGUACCCGCUGCGGCUCGUGGACAAGGAGGUGAUCAACCACGACACCCGGCGCUUCCGCUUCGCACUGCCCUCGCCCCAGCACAUCCUGGGCCUCCCCAUCGGCCAGCACAUCUACCUGUCGGCUCGAAUCGAUGGCAGCCUGGUCAUCCGGCCCUACACGCCCGUCUCCAGCGACGACGACAAGGGCUUCGUGGACCUCGUUGUCAAGGUUUACUUCAAGGACACACAUCCCAAGUUUCCCGCUGGAGGGAAGAUGUCCCAGUACCUGGAAAACAUGCAGAUUGGAGACACCAUUGAGUUCAGGGGCCCCAACGGGCUGCUGGUCUACCAGGGCAAAGGCAAGUUCGCCAUCCGUCCCGACAAGAAGUCCAGCCCUGUCGUCAGGACGGUGAAGUCCGUCGGCAUGAUCGCAGGAGGGACCGGCAUCACCCCAAUGCUGCAGGUGAUCCGCGCCAUCAUGAAGGACCCCGAUGACCACACCGUGUGCCACCUGCUCUUUGCCAACCAGACCGAGAAGGACAUCCUGCUGCGGCCCGAGCUGGAGGAGCUGAGGAGCCAGCACUCCGCGCGCUUCAAGCUCUGGUACACGGUGGACAAAGCCCCCGAAGCCUGGGACUACAGCCAGGGCUUCGUGAACCAGGAGAUGAUCCGGGACCACCUGCCGCCCCCCGAGGACGAGCCGCUGGUGCUGAUGUGCGGGCCCCCGCCCAUGAUCCAGUUCGCCUGCCUGCCCAACCUGGAGCGCGUGGGCCACGCCAAGGAGCGCUGCUUCGCCUUCUGAGGCCGCGCGCGCCCACCACGCGCCGCCCGCCCUGCCGUCCCCCUCGGCCGCGCCUCACGCUGGGCCUCGGGUUCAGCCUGGUCUGCCCGUGUCCCGGUGGUCAGCAGCCGAGGCAGCCCCCGGGAGGGGCGCCGCGUGUGGGCUGGGCCGCCGCCGGCCACUCCAGGAAGGAGUCCUCCCGGCCCCCACUGGUUCUCAGCGAGGACGCACCCGCACGUGACCCCUCGCCACGCAGCACCGAGCCCCGCCGGCCCGCGCACACCUGCAGAAGCAGCACACGCGGGCCCGGGCUGCCCUGGACCCUGGCCCGCCGCCCCUGCCCGCCGCAGCACCUGCCCCUACACUAGGGAGGAGGCUGGGGUGACAGGCGGGUGCUGGGCGGGGGAGGGGAGCGCGCGGCGGCCCCGCGUGGGUUGGGGGCCCCGCCACCUUGGCGGCAGCACCGCAGCCCCUGUGUCGCUGGCCUCCGGCGCCCGCCCAGCCUGGGCCAGUCCGAGCAGUGCCUCUGGGCCCAGGGACCCACGCCUCGGCCUCGCCUUUAGACAACAGCUGUUAGCCUCUCGCGUCGCCUUUUCCAGUCAUUUAUAAACAAGCAGAAACGAAA